AUGACUGGCCUCACCGACGUUUUUGUUGGUUCCAUUGACCAGGGAACUACAAGCACCCGUUUUCUGAUUUUCAAUAAAGACGGAGAGCCGGUGGCCUCUCAUCAAAUCGAGUUUACUCAAAUCUACCCCAACUCAGGGCAAGCACUUCGUUCAGGCACACUCGAGAUUGGAUGUGAACUAAUAAUUGCAUACAGCUGGCAUGAGCAUGAUCCCCUCGAGCUCGUAUCCUCCGUCGAAGCGUGUAUUGACGAAGCAGUCAAGAGAUUCGAAGACCAGGGUCACUCAAGACACAACAUCAAGGCGGUGGGGAUAACAAACCAGAGAGAAACCACGGUUUUAUGGGAUUCCGAGACAGGAGAGCCGCUGCACAAUGCCAUCGUGUGGACAGAUACACGUGCUCAGUCCAUUGUGCAAGAUCUGAAGUCGAGAAAAGGCGCAGAUGAGCUGCAAAAUAUCUGCGGUCUCCCCCUGUCAACAUAUCCAUCUUCCACAAAAUUGCUAUGGAUGCUGCAGCACGUCCCAAAAGUAAAGGAAGCUUAUGAUAAAGGCAGACUAGCUUUUGGCACAGUCGAUUCGUGGCUCGUGUAUCGCCUGAAUGGCGGUGCGGCUGCAAAUGUGUUUGUCUCCGACCCGACAAAUGCAUCCAGAACGAUGUUUAUGAAUCUCGAAACCCUACAAUAUGACGACCGUCUCCUAGACUUCUUUGGCAUAAAGGGUAAAAUACAUCUCCCCAAAGUUGUUCCAUCUUCAGAUAAGACAGCAUACGGUGCUAUUUCGUCUGGCGUGCUCGAGGGCAUCCCUAUAAUGGGCUGCUUAGGAGAUCAGUCUUCUGCCCUCGUUGGACAAAAGGGAUUUUACCCGGGUUUAGCCAAAAACACAUACGGGACGGGGUGUUUUCUGCUGUACAAUGUCGGCGAGAAGCCUGUGAUUUCGAAGCACGGGCUCCUAGCGACUGUGGCUUUCCAAUUCGAUGGCAAACCGGUUUAUGCACUAGAAGGCAGCAUUGCUGUAGCAGGGUCUGGAAUCAAGUUCCUUCAAAACAACCUCAGUCUCUUUCAAGAGUCUAAGGAAGUAAACGAAUUGGCUGCGUCUGUGGAUGACAAUGGAGGUUGCGUAUUCGUCACCGCUUUUAGUGGGCUUUUUGCCCCUUAUUGGAUUGACGAUGCAAAAGGAACUAUUUUUGGGAUUACCCAGUAUACCCAAAAGGGACAUAUUGCACGCGCAACAUUAGAAGCAACAUGCUAUCAGACAAAGGCGAUAUUAGACGCCAUGGAAAAAGACAGUGGCCACGCACUUUCCGAGCUUGCGGUCGAUGGAGGCGUCAGCAAUUCAGAUCUAGCGAUGCAAAUACAAGCCGAUUUGAUAUCAAUCCCGGUCUACCGUCCCAAAAUGCGCGAAACCACUGCUCUCGGUGCUGCCAUUGCAGCUGGAUUGGCACUUGGUCUGUGGCGCAACUUCACCGAAUUAAGAGACAUAAAUCGUGCUGGAGGCGUUGUUUUCGAGCCCAACGUACCACGCGAGAAGGGCGCAGAGAUGUUUUCGCUAUGGGAGAAAGCUGUGCAGAUGUCCCGAGGAUGGGUGGAGAAAGAGAAGCAGGGGGAUAGCGAUUCAACUAGCAUUAUGAAAAAACCAAGGAAACCAUCUGUAGUAAUCAACGGGACCCCGCUGGAACCGAAUAUUGUCUCGAGAAAUAUCUUCGAGGAUCUGGAUGAGGCUGAUGAAGAGGACAUGUUAUUGGAAUUGAGGAAGAUUGAGAUUCAGCAACGGCUGAAACGGCUUAGGAGAGUCAAAGUAUGA